AUGUCUGGGCUCAAUAACGGUGUUGCCACUCGGCUUUCCCCCUUCACUAUCCCCAAAGACAUCGGCCUGCAGCUGAAUGCUCUAUGGAAUUAUGUCUUCGUGUUCCAGAAACCUUGGGAGUACGAUUACCCAACUCUCAAGCGAAGAGUCGAGCUUAUUCGAGAUGCCAAUCAAAGGGGAAUCAUGGUGUGGUCUAGCUUGGCCAGAGUUACGGAUCACAUAAAACAUCAUAUGCUUGUAUACCUUGGCUCGAUACCUCCAGCUAGAGAAUUUGGGAGAGAUACCGAUCAAUGGAAUCAUAUAACUAUCGAGACCUAUAGCAGACUUGUGGAACGCGCAGAGUACCAGGCUUUAGCUUUGAGAGACAUGCAGAUGCCACAACCGCCACAAGGAUUCCCCUUAGAAAAGGAACAUUUCGAGGAAAUAUGCUCUUUAAAUAGAGAGACCGUCAAGAUUUGGAGGCAGACACAAGCUAUGUUGAGCUCUUGGAUGUUCCGAAUGGAAGAAGGAACGGGAUUGACCAAAGCAGGAGAUGUAGAGGUCAAAUCGAUGUCAUAA